AUGGGCUCCUCUCCAGGUCAAUUGUUUCUAGGCAGACCACUUCGUACCAAGCUUGACUUAUUAAAGCCGGAUUAUCAGAAGAGGGUUGAGCAACAACAGGAUAAACGAAGGAGGCGUCAGAUGUCUUUUAGCCCUGGGGAUAAAGUAUGGAUUAGAGUGUACCGGAGAGGACUACACUGUUGGGAGCUAGGACAAGUACAACAGAUUAUUGGAACCAGGUUGGUACAUGUAUUACUUUCCACUGGAGAGCAAGUUAGCAGACAUAUGGAUCAAAUGCAGAGAGCCAAAGAUAUAGAGGAGGAAACAACUUAUAGCUCUGAUAAUGAUAUCGAUAUUGAAGUAAGUCUGAGCCGCAAGCUUUUGCUUAAUGAAGCUCCAACAGAGGCUCCAGAAGCUCCAUCUCAGUCUCCAGAAGCUCCAUCUCCUCCUCCCCCUGCUACACAGAGAUAUCCUGACAGGGUUCGUUGUCCACCAGAUUGUCCCUGGUUUGUGAAUGACUUUUGA